GGACUUCCGGUGUGACGUCGUCCGUGUUCGGCGAAGAUGGCGGCGUCCUGUGUGCGGACCGUGGGAUCCUUUCUGGGAAAAUGUGGCAACUGCAGCUCGAACAUGAACGCAGUCACGUCGCAUUUGAGCCGCCAGGUGCUGAGUCGGCAGAUCUGCGUGAGCUCGGCGCUCCACAGGAAGAACCUGGCGGCCGCAGGACCGGAGAAGUUCACAAUGGAGUUCGUCCAGAAACAGGUGGAGGAGUUCAACAUCGGGAAGCGACACCUGGCCAACAUGAUGGGAGAAGACCCAGAGACCUUCACUCAGGAGGACAUAGACAGGAGCAUCGCCUACCUCUUCCCCUCUGGCCUGUUUGAAAAGAGAGCCAGGCCCCUCAUGAAGCAUCCAGAAGAAGUAUUUCCAAAGCAGAGAGCUAUCCAGUGGGGAGCGGACGGCCGGCCUUUCCACUUCCUGUUUUACACGGGCAAACAGUCGUACUACUCCCUGAUGCAUGAGACUUAUGCUAAAGUCUUGAACAUCGAGAAGCACCAAGAUCGUCUGAGAGCGAAGGGACUCUUCUCCCAGGACACCAAGCCCAUGUCUCUGGGCACCAGCAGGUGGCUCAUCAAGGAGGAGCUGGAAGAGCUGCUGGUGGAGACCAUCUCAGAUUACGAUUAUACGCGUUUCAUCCAGCUGAUGGAGCGCCUGCUGUCGCUGCCCUACUGCAGCACAGAGGAGGAGUUUGUGCUGCGUUACCGACGGCAACUGGAGGUCCAGUCCAGGAAGCAAAUGGUACCACCGCUCCAGAGGGACGAGAGGGGUGUCGCCUUCAGCACUGCUGAGGGCUGGAGGAAGACGUCAAAGUCCUCGGUGAUCCUGAGAGACAGCGGCUCAGGACGCAUCAGCAUCAACGGCACCGACUACCUGCACUACUUCCCCGUACUGCAGGACAGGGAGCAGCUGAUGUUCCCGCUGCAGUUCAUGGGGCUGCUGGGCCGCUUCGACCUGGACGCCACAGUGAGCGGUGGUGGGCGGUCCGGCCAGGCGGGGGCGCUGCGGCUUGCCAUCUCCCGCGCCCUGCUCAGCUUCCUGUCUGAGGGAGAUGUGGAGCACAUGAGGCAAGCUGGCCUGCUGACUCCUGACCCGAGGGUGAGAGAGAGGAAGAAGCCGGGCCAGGAGGGAGCACGCAAGAAGUUUACCUGGAAGAAGCGCUGAGGACAAAGAGGAGUGGGACCUGGCAGGAUGAAAAUAAUCUCAUCUGAGCUAAAAUACAGAGCCUUCAGAGUGACUUGUCUCACUGAUUUGCCCCUGUUUGAAUUGGGGCAGGUCUUGUGAAACCAUCCCAACACACUCUCCUGCCCUCAUUAGUACAGCUGAGCUCUGGAGCUGAAUAUCUCUGCAGUGUGCUUUUCCAGCCACCAGAGGGCAGUCUGUGUCAAGGAAUGGAUGAAAACGGUGAUUAUGUGUUAUGUGUCAAUCAUUAAAUUAAGUUUUUGCUAUUAAAAAAAAAAAGACACUGUUGAAAUUGUUGUUUUAUGAUGCCUACAGUGGUUUAGUCUUGUGGAAACUGUUGUCAUUUGUUCUCAAAAACACGUUUGAGGUUUGAGUCCCAUUGUUGAACAUAUCAUUUAUGUUCAUUGUUGUCUCUGAUGUCAACAUUUUAGACAGACUAUUUUUGAUUUGGACCUACUUUAUAUACCAAAGGCAUGUCUGCGGGUUUGAGGAAGACAGUUUUACAUUUUAAUUACAUAGAAAAAUAUGAGAAUGAAGAUGUAUAUUACAAGAGAAUGAAGUAUGCUUGGUUGGGUUCCAUGAAGUCCAGUUUGCAUU